AUGAACCUUUCAGAAGGGGUUAGGGAUGUCAUUCUGUGGAGAGACAUUGAGGAGCGCCUGGUCCCGUUCAGAUCUUCUGAUGCAUGGGAAUGCAUUCGGUCUCGUGGCAUUCAGGUGAGUUGGUACAAUCUGGUCUGGUUCUCGCAAUGUAUACCAAGGCAUGCUUUUGUUCUAUGGCUCGUCUUCAGAAGGAAGUUGGUCACACAAGACAGGUUAAGGCAAUGGAACAUUGAUAAUAAGGAUUGCAUGAAUUUAAUGUGCUGUUUGCUUUGUCAUAAUAACAUUGACUCGCACUAUCAUCUUUUCUUUGAAUGUAAGUAUGCGACAGAGGUUUGGAUGCGAGUUAGGGAGAAUUCAGCCAUGAAAGCUGUGGGAUCUAAUUGGGACGAGAUUGUGAACUGGUUACUUCCUCGGGCUAGGUCGAGAUCUAUAGCCUCCAUUAUUGGCAAGCUCUUGGUUGCGGCUUCAGCUUAUGUUAUCUGGCAGAAAAGGAACUCCAGGUUUUUUAACAAUCAAUUGCGGCCUCCGGAAAAGUUGGCUGACCACAUCAUCAGCAAUGUUCGACUAAAGCUCAAAUCAUUAAAAUUCAAGGACACAACAAAUGUGCGGCGGGUUUUACAAGGAUGGGAGAUUAGUUUUGAAGACAUUUAG